CCUGAACCAUGCCCGACGAGCAACCGGCAAAACCGCUGCCUUUCCAGGAUAUGCACAACGAAGCUCUGUAUCAGCAAUACCUGAAGUACUGGGAAGGUCUGUGUCUUACGGCUAAUCAGCUACAACCCCACCUCUUCCUCGGUCCACCUAUCGAAGUCGCGCACGUCCCCGCCUUUAGUCAAUACCUCAAAGGCUACCUUCACCCAGUCCUUCCCCUCGACCAAUCCGAUUUCAUCGAAGCAGAUUGUGCUGCUGUGUGGUGCAUUGAGUCCACCGUGGCCGGCAUCGCUCCUCCUGUCGUCCAAUCCGAUCAGUACCUCAUGCUCGGCGUGACGAAAGAGGCCGCCGUUUUCUCCACGUUUGAUAAUGAUAUGCCAGCCCCCACUCCCGCUGUGCUAUCCGGUGUGCGCACGCUCGAUGCUGCUCAUCGGGGUGCCAGUGAAGAUUGCCCUACAGUACAGAUUCCUAUAUGCGACAACCACCUCGCCAUGCUGACCCUCGCGUGGUCUUAUAUUCUUUCCGCCCAUUGGUCGGAGACUCAGGGCGGAUCUAUUCUAUUCGCGUCGGCUGCGCCAAUCGGCUUAGCAACGAGCGUCGAAUUGAGGGGGAAUGAUCACCAUCGCGUCCGCACUCACGACCCAGAGGCAGCAGUCUGGUGGUCCCACGUCUUAGCCCCGAAAGUAGGCUGGGUGGCUAGCAUCCAACGCUUCGAUAACACUUUCCACUCGCCCUGGUCCAUUCGACCAAAGGGUACAGCUCCAUCGUUCUACAUCGAGGUACCUACACCCCUCCACGGGUUGCCGGUUGCUCCCGAUUCGGCUAGAGCAUACUCGUUUCUGGAAAGCUACGUUUCAGCUUACGGCUUGGAAGAACAGGCUGAAAUGGCUCUGCUCGCUGCACUUCUCGUUCCUUCUCACCUGAGGCGUAACUGCCCGUACAGGCUUCCCUACCCGUGCCACACGGCGGACACGAUGCGGCAGCUGAGGUCCGGAGAAGGCCGUACAACCAGAACUCUUUCAUCUGUUCCGCGGCUGAUGACAAUAAGUGCAACAGACCCCUUCCUUAUCUUGCGCAACGCCCUUUACAACCCCGAAGUCAGCUGCACUUCGGCUGAGGAGUGGGCUAUGGCUGCAUCACGAAGGUGGCCCGAUUCGUCUGGUGCGGGGACUGUGAUAGGUUGCCUGCGGUCGCCGCAAGCGGCGUGGUGGUGGAUAGCCGCCGGUGUUACCGGUUUAUCGCAACGGAUAAGGCUCAUCGCCGAUGAACAGUGCUCCAACUUGGCACUUGCAGCGUGGACGGGGAUACCCCAAGGCUACCUCACUUCUACAUUAUUUCGUGACGUUCGAGUCGGUCUUAAGUAUGACGCGGAAAACGGUAGAUCUGUCAUCCUCAGGGAAGAAGAGAUGCCUAUUCUCUUCAUGUCGACGUUGAACAGCGUUACGGGAAAGAUCUUUGUCCCCGUUGGGACUGACUGUAAACCGAUUGGUAAUUCCAUCCUGUCAGCAAGUUCGGCUGUUGUCCAACAGGUUGUAGAGCGCAACGCCUCUCUGCGACUUGGAUAUCGCUGUUUGGUUUGGGAGGGAUCCGUUUCAUGCUCUCCAAGAGUUCAACAGGAAUUUGAUGACGAUAUACCUCCCAGAUUCCCGACGCGUGUAACCAGCAUCACGAACCGGAUUGCUACUAAACAGAUGCUGUUGCAUAUGGCAGAUUGGAGGGGAACAGACGCAGACAAGACGGGAGACUUUGACGUUGACGAGUGGACUAAGCCAUGGAACACAUGACUUUGUAUAAAUUUCCUCUCAUGCCUGGACUUUUGGCUGAUACCCUUGUCUCGGCGUCUCGUACACUAUACCUAUGCACAACAACAGUCAUAUU